AUGGCUGUCGUCGGUCGACCCGGAUGCGCCCAAUCUGAUGAAGAUUCAGUGGACGCCUUCGCCGCAGUGCUGCUGCGGAGCACUGCGCACCGCCGAGUCUCGCCCGCGGAGAGUGCCCUUCUACCACCAACGAGCAUGGCCAGGUCGACCGGGUUCCAGCUAGCCAGCAGCCUCUCCAAGAAAUGGACCACAACCACACCCAACAACGUCCAAGCACUCGACCAGUACCUGCUCACCUAUCUCAACCUGCUCGACCACUACAACCAGUCCCACGAUGAUCUGCAGGCCCAGAUCCAAGCGGCUUUCUUGGAUCUGUCCAAGGCCAAAGUCGUCCUAGGCCCUUCGCGAGUGGGCCCCAACAGUUACGACCUGAGCUCGCGCCCGUUCGUGCUGGCUGUGAACCGCUACGAAGCGCGUCGCUCGCCCGAGACCACCGAUCACGCGCCCGGCGAGAGCAGUCUUCGCAAGCGGAGACCAGAGCCCGCUCCCUCGCAGACAGACUUGCCGGCCGACCUGGAUAGUCCUGCGGAGAAAGGGGGGCAGGAGCCCAGAGCGCUGCUGCCCAACCCCAUCCUCCAGUUCGCUCCCCUCCCGCCCCCGCCGCUCCGGAGCGCCCAGUCCGCCUUCUCGCGCUCGCUCGACCUCCUCGUCCGGCUCGCUAAUCUCCGCCAUGUCCUCAGCGAGCUCGAACAAUCUAUCCACGCCCAGAAACAACUCGUCCAGUCUGCAGCCGAUCCCCCCAAUCAAUAG